AUGCCUAGGAUCGCGCCGAGCCUGAUGCGUACUGCGUGCGCGGAGAGCCGUCUGCUGCCUUUGCUGCUACCGGAGAGCCGGACGCUGGAGCAGGCCCGCACGGAGCUGCGAUGGAUGCGCGCCGAGCUGUGUGGCGCGGCCGCAGUGGCAAGAGGAUGCCGCCAGCGCUACCGCGGUGUGCCGUUGCAGUAUGUGCUGGGGACGCAGCCCUUCGGGCCGCUGGAGGUGCGGUGCCGCCGCGGGGUGCUGAUCCCCCGCUGGGAGACCGAGGAGUGGGCGUGCGAGCUGGCCCGGCGCUUCGCGGCGCGGGGUCGCAGCCUGCGGGCGGCGGACCUCUGUACAGGUACGGGGUGCGUGGGUCUUUUGCUUGCACACAGUGUGCGCGGGGCGCGCGUGACGGCCGUGGACGUGAGCGAGGCCGCGGUGGCGGCGGCUCGGCAAAACGCGGCAGCGCUGCGCGUGCCGCUGGAGGUGGUCAGGGCAGACGUGCGGCAACCCGGCGGCCUGUUGCGGGACGGCGUGGAGGUGGUCACGUGCAACCCGCCGUACAUCCCCACGGACGCGCUACCGCGCGAGUGCACGCGGUCGGUGUGCAGGUACGAGCCCCAGCUCGCGCUGGCUGGGGACCUGGAGUUCUAUGACAAUCUGGUGGACGUUUGGCUUGCGCGGACAGACUCAUUCGUGUACGAGGUAGGGUAUGCGGAGCAGAGCCGGCACGUGCUGGCGCGGAUCGCGGCGGACCCGGCGCUGCGGGGCGUGUGGCGCGUGGGGUUCCGCGAAGAUGCGCGGGGGCAGCCACGCGUGGUCUAUGGGUAUCGCACGGCGGCGGCGGGGCUGGACGCCGUUUUCGAGGGGUAUGGGAGACUGAUGCACUGA